CGCAGACCCAUACGGACACCUGUCCGCGAAGCUGAAGAAUCUAACCUUUAAGACACUUAGCCAUGUUGCCAGACAAAAAGGCGGCCUUGCUGCUGGUGGCCGCGAUCACCGCCCUGAAAUUGGAGGAAAUUAAUUGCUUUAGGCGAAACUUCGAGGCGCGUCAAAGCAGCAACUCGAAUAUUCCGCUGUGGAAGCAAAGAGCCUGUGAAAAGUCGCAGAAACAGAGGCAGAAUGCGCACUACGUGUGCGAUGAGAAGGGCGACUUUAAGUGUCUUCCCGGCUGGCAGGGUGACCUCUGCCAGGUGCCCAUGUGCCGACGGGGCUGCGACCCCAUGAACGGCUACUGCCAGCGACCCGGCGAGUGCAGGUGCCGCAUCGGCUACAGCGGCGAGCUCUGCGACAAGUGCAUCCCGCUGCCAGGCUGCCAGCACGGCGACUGCACCAAGCCCUUCGAGUGCAUCUGCAAGCCCGGCUGGGCGGGACUCUUCUGCACGGAACCCAGUUGCCGGAGCGGAUGCCACAGCACCCGGGGAUACUGCGAGGCGCCGGGCGAGUGCCGCUGCCGGAUCGGCUACGCCGGACGCACCUGCUCCGAGUGCGCCACGAUGCCCGGCUGCCAGCACGGCACCUGCAGCAAGCCGCUCGAGUGCCUCUGCCUGCCCGGCUACACAGGACUGCUCUGCCAGACGCCCCUCUGCGACCCCGACUGCAGCAAGCAGCACGGAUACUGCCGCAAGCCCGGCGAGUGCCGCUGCAAGGUGGGCUGGACGGGCAGCCAGUGCGACAAGUGCUUCCCCUACCCCGGAUGUGCCAACGGGGAUUGCGAGGCGCCGUGGGAGUGCAACUGCCAUCCCGGCUGGGGCGGGAUGCUGUGCGACGAGAAGCUCACCUACUGCGCGGAGCAUCCGGACACGUGCGAGAACGAGGGCAAGUGCAUCUCCCUGAGCCGCGAGGACGGCAGCUACCGCUGCCAGUGCCGGCAGGGAUUCCUGGGCAAGAACUGCGAGAUACGCGAUGACUUUCUGCUAACCUCGGUGGCGCCGCCGCGCAUCACCCCGCCCACGCCCACCGACCAGGUGCAGGACAUGGGCCAAGAGCUGGGCACAGGUGUGCUCGAUGACAGCGCGAUGGUGGAAAAGUUGUCGGCGGUUAACGAGCCGGAGCGCCGGACAAAUGACACCGAAGUGGUGGUGGCAACCGCAGGAGCAGCAGCAGCAGCAGUUGGAGCAGGACCCGCCAACAGGACGACAGUGGUGGCAACUGAAGCUGGCAGCCACAAUGCGACUAAUGAAGCGUUAAGCGUCGUUACAACGAGGCGUGCCACCCCAGCCCCAUCGCUGCCCCCCGCCACGGCCACGGCGGCAGCAACCGGCGAAAAAGCCGUGAGGGGUAAUGCAACAAGUGUGGCGGCGGAGGCAGGACCUCCUCCUUCGGUGCCCACCGUCACCAGCCAGGAGCAAACAAUAGCAACGCUGGCGCCAGCUGCAACAGCAACAUCCGUGACCAGCCACAAGGACAAGCCGAAUGCGGAGGUCGAGGAGGAGGACGAAGAUGACGAGGAUGACGAGGAGGACGAGGAUGGCGAGUACGAUGAGGAGGAGGACGAGGACGAGGACGAUGAGGAGGAUGACAGCGAUCAACUUAUACCAAAUAUUAUAUAGUUAGGCAGCUGACAAAUGGCCAGCAAUCUAUUUUUUUUUUUUGUCGCAUCCAUAACCCAUGGUCAUCCAGGAGUUUGAAAUCCUUCGAAUGCAGGGUAUCUUAAAGUGCGCUUCCCUUUUUUUUACAGAUACUCCACACCAAUAAGUAGACCAACCUUUUGCG